AUGGCCGAAGCUACAGCUCGCGCUUCUGCAGCGAGCAGCACGCUCGAUGCUCAGACGCCCACACCUAUUGCGCAGCUCAAACCCGAGCUGGCCGACCGAGAAUCACGCGUCAUCGAUGGCGUGGUCACGAUUACAUGGCCCUAUAGCAUCGUCUCCCACUCCGCCGCAUUUAUCCUCGCCGAGCACGACUUUCGUCUACGACAUGCGCGCGGCCAGCUGCGCCUCGAAUUCCACGGCCAGGUCGGCCAAAAGCUCGCAGAUGCAGGAAUAGGCGGCGGUGAUGCCCUGCGAAUCUCCCUCGAGGGGGCAGAGUGGGAGGCGCACAAGUUGCAAACGCGGGUGCCCGGCACGAUUCUGGAGUGGCAGCUCAAGUUCACCAACCGGCUGCUGAUGCGCGUUCGGCGGGCAGAUGACCAGCAGACAGAAAUUCUAGAUUUGACUCUCCCGGACGAUGCAGACGGAAACGACGCGCCUCUGGCUACGCUUACGCCGCAGGGCUCCUCGCCCCUCAAUCACUCGGGGCUGUUUGCUACAGAAGUAGUCUCGACACCCGGCGCGCAUUCCCCGAACAGCAAUUUGCCAGCGAAGCGACUGGCAUCUUACGCCUUCGAGCCUGCCGAAUACGCUUCGCCUGCGUUCCUCAAACGAGCCCGCGUUUCGUACGGAUCGCUCUUCGAAGAUGGAUUCGACAUUUUCGACGAGGACAUGGCCAAGAGGAAGAAGAAAAAGGCAAAACGCUCACGCUUUAGCAUGGGUGCCACGGGGUGGAAGUAUAGCAGCCGAUCACCCAGCCCAGAGCCGAAAGCACCUAAACUGCACGAACUCGAGAGCGACGGAGAAGAGAACAGUGAGGCGGACGAACCUGACGAGCCUAUAGUAGCGUCUCUCAAAAGUCCCGCUAUGGUGGAUGAAUCCUCGCAGACACUCAAUACCUCUUUCGCGUUCCAGAUCGCGGAGCAAGCACGCGAGUCUGCCUCCUUGAUUCCGUCGUCGCCAACCCCUAUGACUUUUGGAAAGCCUCAAGAGCAGCCCAACGGUCAUUUCGCAGCGCCAAUCUUUGGUGCGCCUUCUACCACAACACAAGAGACGGCUUCUUCAGCUGCUCAGCCUAGCCGGCCAUUGUUUGGCGGGAGUACAAAUAUAUUCGCAUCUACGGCGACAGCCACGCCUCCACAAAGCGGCAUCUUUGGCUCCUCCUUUGGGAACUCUGGCUUUUCGGCCGAGCACACUACAACGGCCUCUACUAGCAGUAUCCCCGUGUUUAAUGAUGCUCUUGCAGAAUCGAUGCGAAGUCGCGAUGCUGCUGAAGAGCGGGUACCUGGGCAGCCGGAAUUGGCUUUCGAUAUAUCAGCCAACGAGGCGUACCCCGAAAUCGAUACAAACUUCGGCGUGACACAGAGUCCGAAAGAUCAACAGCAUUCAAAUCCCUUUUCCACUACGGAGUUUCCACUACCAGCUGCCAUCAGGAACCCAUUCGCCGUCGAGCCAUUUCCUCACCCAACUUCGUCGGCCCAGGAGCAGCCAGAGGAUGACAUCUACGAGGCCAAUACAUAUCCGGAAAUACAAGAGCAUGAGCAAAUCCUCAAAGAAUCGAAACCACAUGCAUUCGAUCUCCCUCGCACUUUCGAUCAGAUGCGCAGUGAAGUAGCAGGCCAGAAAACUCACGAAGAGGAAGAAGCCGAGGAGCAGGAUGAAAGCACAGACUACGAUAUCGAGGCUGGUGAGCCACCACGGAUGCUACAAGCAGUAGAGUCCGAGGAAGAACAGGACGAAGAGGAAGAUGAUGCACAGGGAGAGUAUGACGAUGAGGAAGAAUCGGGGCUCGACGAGCAUUGUGGCGAGGAUGACGAGCAGCACUACGAUGACGAUGAUGAAGAAGGGCGAGAGUAUUCAGACGAAGAAGAAGAUGAUGAAGAAGAAGAAGAUGAUGAAGAAGAAGAAGAGGAAGAAGAAGAAGAAGAGCCUGCCGCCCGCGACCGACCAGCUUCUCAAGACCCCGUUUACAUUAGUCUUCUUUCAGAUUCAGAGGAUGAGGCUGAGCCCUCCACCCCAGUCCCAGCACCUACCAGUACGGUAAUCCCCCCCAAAUCAGCCGAACCGGAGCAGUUUGACGAAGAUGAGGAAGAGCCUGAAGAUGAGUCUGAGAUAGAUGACGAGAUUGCCCGCCAAAUAUCAGCGGAUGAAGGGUCGCAUACUCGGGAGUCCAGUCGCGAAGAGGCAGUGGUGGAACACGACGCUGGCCAUGCCGGCGAUGAAGAUGCUUCUGCUGAUGAGCAUCUUGAUGAGGUCGACAUUGUGAAGCGCUUAAGAGAAGAGGAUCAGGCUGACGCCGAACCUCGGGUAUCACCAGCUGAAGAGACUGAAUCGGCAAAAGAAAUGCAAGUGUCGGCCGACGAAAUGGAUGUUGACGAGGUCGGCGACGAAGUCGGCUCGAAUUCCGUGGUGGGGGCCGAACCUCCGCUCAAGGAAACAGCUUCGCGCAGUCCUUCUCCCAUCAAAGUGGAUAAGGUUGCAGAGGAAGUUGACGCAAUGGAGGAAGACAUUGUCUCCGAACCUGCCCCAGUUGAAGCUACAGAUGCCAACGCGAUGGAGGAAGAUGUUGCUUCUGAAACUGCCUCAGUUGAAGCUGAUGAUUCCAAUGCGAUGGAGGAAGAUGUGACACCUGAACCCGCCCAGGUGGAUGCGUCAGAUGUCGAGAAAGCUGCAAACGCUGAUGCUGACAUUCAUGUCGCAGAGGCUCCUGAGGACAUCGAAAAUGAGAUCAAGUCUCAACCUGACGUUGAUAUGGACAUCAAGGAACCCGAAGAAGUCGAAAUGCUUGUCGAGGUUCCGCCUACAGUUGCCGCCGAAGAGGUUCCCAUAGAGCAAGACGAGCGGGAGAUGGUGGUCGAGCCAAGUCUCAAGGCACCCGAGGAGUCAACUCUGGUUCUUGAAGAGGUUGCUAAAGAGGUCGUUGAACAGGCUGGGCAAGAGAAACUGAGUGCAUCUACUCAACUUGUUGAAGAGCUGGCUCAAGAGGAUCCUGAGGAAGUGUCUGUGCCAGAGGUGCAGGGCCAACUGUCGGAAACAGAUGUCAAGCAGCUCACGAGCGAGGCCGAAGUCGCCGCCCAAUCCACUACCACACGCCCAACGGUGUCCACUACUAAUCGCCAGCUCCUCACGCCUAUUGACACCCACAUACCUGUCGCCGAGGCUGCUGGAAUCGAGAUUAUUCAGACUACACAAGAGCAACCGCAUCAAGGUGCGGAAGGAGACGCAGAUGAGGACGACAUGGCAGCGAGCCAGCAAAUCAUGGACGAGUUUCUACAACAAUCUUCGCCAAAGCCAGAGCUCCCUCCGCCUCCUCUGCCCGUGUCUGCCAAGGAACAUCGUCGCAAGCGUAGCGAUACCAUUUCCGAGACGGGCAGGCGAACGCGCUCGCAGACCAAGCAGCAGCCCGAGGUGGAGAACGAGGCUGAAGCCACGAAGUCCUCGCCGCAUAGUCACAGACGCAGUAGCAGGUCCAUUGAUAAGACUAAUGACCUGACUGUUGACACAUCCAUUGAGUUCAAUACCAGCCUUAGCAGCAAGAACAGCGAUAGGACGCCACUUCUGCACCGCUCAUUCCGCAUCACGCGCAGCCGCGGCACGGCGGACCAGGCAGACCCUAGCGUGGCCAUAGCCAAAGCCGCCGCCGCCAGCACCGGCCGUUCGUCUGCAUCACCCAGGUCUGCCGAACACACUCCCUCGCGGCCUAUUAUGCUGCGAGUGACGCGCAGCAUGGAAAACAUUGCGGAGGCGGGCCUCAAGGAAGGCCUAGUCAUCCCCGACGCAUCGGUCCGCAGCGUGCGUCUCGAUGACGCAUCUUCCUCAGGAACACGCUCUCCGGCGGCCAGCACGCCGCUGACGCCCAGUACACAGGUGCAAAUGCAGCUGCAGCAGGAGCAGCGCUAUACCGGCCGCCCGAGCGAGUCGCCCGCUAGCGCCGGGCUGCGGGCCCCCGCGAUUGCUGCCUCUCCCCCGCCCGAAGAUGCCGAGAGCUUGGCAACGGCAUCGGAGCUGAAGCUGCAGCUGCAGCGGGAUCUGCGCACGACGCUCCCAGACAACCUAGCGCUGAAGAGCCUGCGCACGGCGCUGAACAAGACGGCCGACAUGAUUGCGGUGGCGGCGUCGACGCCCGCGCCGCCAUAUCGGCCCAAGAACGGGCCCCGCGAUUACAUGCUGGAGCUGCUCCUGGUCGACCCGUCCUCGGCGCCGCAGGGCAUUUACGUCGCGCACAUUUUCCGCCCACACCAGCAGUCGCUGCCUGCGGUGCAGCGCGGCGACGUGGUCCUCUUGCGCGGCAUGACAGUGGUCGCGGUUAAAGACCGCGGCUUCGGCCUCCGCGCCGGCGAUGUCUCAGCGUGGGCCGUAUGGGACGAGCAGGCCCGCCAGGCCGCCAGCACCGGUGACGUUGCGCUGCCGCAGAUUAAAGGUCCGCCUGUCGAUGUCAUGGAGGCCGAGGCCCAGUAUGCCAUGGGGCUGAGCAGGUGGUGGGCGCUCCUAGACGAGGCGACGAUGAGCAAAAUGGAGCGUGCAACGCAGCGGAUGCUGGCGUUUAGUUAG